AUGGAGUUCAGUUGUGGUGAUGGUGUCAACGGCGGCGAGGUGAGCCCAGCACGGACUCGUGGUGAAGGCAUCAGAGGCGAGUUUGGGUUCCCGGACUGCGAUAAGCAGCAGUACACACUGCUGGCAGAAAUAGUUCCAUGUGGAACAAUUGCGUCAGAAACUUGCCUAAAAACACUGGUGUUAACAACUGAUCAUAAGCAUAACGUGCUUAUUUUUAAAGAUAAUGGGAAUGUUCUUAUUAAUGGAGUCAAAACAACAUUACCACUGGUAACAGCAAAUUAUACUGUUUUCAAACCAUCGACAUUCCACAUCCUGUUAGAGACCCGGUUUGGCCUGCAGCUGCAAGUCCAACUAAUUCCUCUAAUGCAAGUCUACAUAACACUAGAUCAAUCAUACAAAGGGAAAACAUGCGGUUUCUGUGGGAAUUUUAAUGACGUUCUGUAUGACGAUUUCAAGGCAAGUAAUGGCAUAACUGAGGGGACAGCUGCUUCCUUUGCAAAUACCUGGAAAGUCCAGCAGAAAUGUGUGGAUAAAACAGAUCGUCUGGAAAACCCUUGCACUAUUAGUGUGGAAAACAAAAACUAUGCUGAGUACUGGUGUUCACUUUUAAAAGAACCUGGAGGAGAUUUUGCUCCCUGCCAUUCCACCAUUCAACCAAAUGAAUAUUUCAAGAAAUGUAUGUAUGACAGUUGCAACUGUGAUAAAAAUGAGGACUGCAUGUGUUCUGCACUAUAUUCAUAUGUUCGAGCUUGUGCAAGUAAAGGUGUCAUGUUAACUAAUUGGCGGACAAAAGUAUGUGACUCUUACGUGAAGACCUGUCCUGCAACACUAAUAUACAGUUAUGAUAUGAAAAGUUGCAAGCGCACAUGCCAUUCUCUUAGUGAGAAGGAUAUUACAUGUGGAAUCCAACAUGUGCCGGUGGAUGGAUGUGGCUGCGCUGAUGGAAUGUAUAUGAAUGAAAAAGGCAUAUGUGUGCCCUCAUCUGAGUGUCCAUGCCUCUAUCAGGGCACCCUCUUGAAAGCCGGAGAGAUGAUUAAUCAAGGAGAUACACAUUGUGUGUGUCAAGAUGGAAAAAUGCAAUGCAUUUUAUCACUGCAUAGAAUACAGAAAUGUUUUCCACCCAAGAUCUAUUUAAGUUGCAAUACUACAGAGCCAGGCAUAACAGGGACAGAGUGUCGCCGAACUUGUGGAAACCAGAAUCUGGACUGUUACAGUGAGAAGUGUGUGUCAGGCUGUGUUUGUCCUGAGGGAAUGCUGGACGACAGAAAUGGAAGUUGUGUUAUUGAAGACAAUUGCCCCUGUGUGCACAAUAAUUUUCAUUAUCCACCUGGAAGCAGAAUCUCAGUUGAUUGUAACACUUGUACUUGCCAGAAAGGCAGCUGGGACUGUACAAAUAUUCCCUGCUUUGGAGCAUGUACAAUAUAUGGGAGUGGUCACUACAUCACAUUUGAUGGCAAGCGUUACAACUUUGAUGGGAACUGUGAAUAUGUUGCUGCACAGGAUUACUGUGGAGAUAAUCUUACCAAUGGCACUUUCAGCGUAAUUACAGAAAAUGUUCCCUGUGGGACAACUGGAACAACAUGUUCUAAAUCAAUCAAACUGUUCUUUGAGAAUUUUGAAUUGAAGCUAGCUGAAGGAAAACAUGAAAUAAUUCAGAGGAAUGAAAACAAAAAGAUCCCUUUCACUAUCCAUAUUCUUGGUCUUUAUCUGACUGUGGAAGCUGACAAUGGUUUGAUUCUGAUAUGGGACAAAAAGACUAGUGUUUUUAUUAAGCUGAGCCCCGCUUACCAGGGUUAUAUUUGUGGCUUAUGUGGCAAUUUUGAUGGAAACGCCAACAAUGACUUCAUGACAAGAAGCCAGUCUGUUGUCGCUGAUGUAACUGAGUUUGGAAAUUCCUGGAAGCUAACUGCUAAUUGCCCAGAUGCUGUGCCCAAUGAUGAUCCUUGCACCGAGAAACCACAUCGCAAAGGCUGGGCACAGAAGCAAUGCUCCAUAAUUACAAGUGACAUCUUUACAAAUUGUCACAAAAUGGUUGAUCCAAAUCCGUUUUAUGAUACCUGUGUCCAUGAUUCAUGUUCUUGUGACAGUGGUGGAGACUGUGAGUGUUUUUGCACUGCUGUAGCAGCAUAUGCUUUCGCCUGCAAUGAAACUGGGGUGUGCAUUGACUGGAGGACCCCUGAAAUUUGUCCUAUGUACUGUAGUUUCUACAACCCUUCACCUGAAAUGUGUGAAUGGCAUUAUUACCCUUGUGGAUUCCCCUGCUUUAAAUCGUGCCUAAACCCACUUGGCCUCUGCAACACCACAUUCCAGUUAGAAGGGUGUUACCCCAAAUGUCCAGAUAAUACACCCAUCUAUGAUGAACAUACAAAACAGUGUGUCGCUCAGUGUGGCUGUUAUGAAAAUGGAAAACAUUACGAAAUUAACGAAACUGUUGAAACCACAAACAACUGUGAGAAAUGCUUGUGCACGCCAGAAGGUAUUAAAUGCAUGAACGACAGCAGUGCUUGUGUCUGUAUAUACAAUGGCACAGUGUACUAUCCAAAUGAAGUGAUCUACAACAUAACAGAUGGGUUAGGAGAUUGCAUCGUGGCAUAUUGUGCUCACAAUGGAACAACUGUUAGAAUAAUAGAGCCUUGUGCACUUAAUACCACCACUACAACACCACUGACUGUUUCUCCAUUUUCAAUCACAGCCAGUACAGCAAUUAAGACAGCAACUUCAACUGUUCCCACAACCAGCAAAACAUUCAGCAGUAAGUAA